AUGGUCUACCUCCUUGCUGUACUGAUUCUGCACGACAAGUUCGUUCCUAUGAAGGUGCUUUCGGUCGUCAUGGCCGUCGGCGGAGUUGUUGUGAUGUCACUGGGUGGAGAAAUGAAGGCACAGUGGGAAGGCAUCACCCUUUCAGUAUCAUCUGCUGCCUCUGCUGCUUUUUAUAAGGUGCUUUCGGUCGUCAUGGCCGUCGGCGGAGUUGUUGUGAUGUCACUGGGUGGAGAAAUGAAGGCACAGUGGGAAGGCAUCACCCUUCUCAGUAUCGUGCUCUUCAAACGAUACCUUGGCAGUGCUAAUCUCGGUCAGGUGUCGUUGUUCAUGACAUGUUUGGGAUUUUUGAAUCUCCUCUGCAAUUGGAUUCCGGCUCUUGUUCUUCUUCUCACUGACGUCGAACACAUCGAAAUGGCGUACGUUCCAUGGGCGCCUGUGUGUGGCGCAGCGCUUUUAUCACUACUGUUCAACUUCCUUAUCAAUUUCGGCAUAGCGCUGUUACACCCACUGGUAGUUUCUGUUGGUAUGCUGAUGGGGAUCCCUCUGAAUACAGUGAUCGACGUGCUGUUCCGACAUGUGAACCUCACAACCAACUUCAUCAUCGGCACCGCCCUGAUCAUGGCCUCGUUUGUGCUCAUCGUGUUUCCCUACGAGCUGCUUUUUCGACGGAAAUCCGUUCAAUUAACGGAAACGGACCUCACAACUCAAGAAACACACGAGCUUCCGGACCAUAUUCGGCAGGUGUUCGUGGAUGGACGGUCAGCUGUCAAACCCGGUGCCCAUUAUGGCUCCGUAGAGCUACGGGCAACCCCGGCAUAA